AUGGUAAUUAAGUAUUUACCAAACAAAAUUUCAACCAGAGGUAAAUUAUAUAUAGAUCAAAAUCAAGUACAAUUACAACGAACUUCAGAAAGAUUAAGCAUAUUGAUCAUGGCUGCUAAUAAGAAAACCAAGAAUCAAUUACGCCGUGAAAGAAAAAAAUUACAAAAACAAGGAGUUGCCCCUGAUCCAAAGGAAGAAGUUAAGCAAGAUGUUAUUAAAGAAGAAGAACCAAAACAAAUACCCAGUAACAAACCUAUAAAUGAGAAUAAUAAAACUGUUGACAUUGGUGUUUCAAAUGAAAUCAAUAAGGAGACUAAAACUGGUAAACUAUUUGAAAGUGAACUUGAUGUUUUACUAGAGAAACCUGAAUUUGCACAAUUUAAACAUGUCUUUGAUAAAUUUCAUAUGCCAGAUAUUGAAGAACCUCAAGAUGAUAAAAAAGGUGAUAUAAUAGAGAGUGAUGAUGAAGAUGCAAUUAUCAAAAACUCAGAUGCAGAAGGAGAAGAAGAAAAUCAAUCAAAGAUAAGUAAGAAGAAGUUGAGAAAGGCUAAUAAGAUGCCAUUAGCUGAAUUGAAAGCUCGUUCUUCACAUCCUGAAUUAGUCCAAUGGUAUGAUGUUGAUGCAGCUGACCCUGUACUAGUUGUUGAAAUUAAGAGUAAGAAGAAUUAUGUUCCAGUGCCACCUCAUUGGCAAUUUAAAAGAGAAUAUUUAUCGGGAAGAAGAGGUGUUGAAAAAAAGCCAUUUACAUUACCGAAAUAUAUUACCGAGACAGGUAUAACUGAAAUGAGAGAUACAACAAAAGAUGAUGAGUCGAAUAUGAAGCAAAGAAUGAGAGAAAAAGUGCAACCAAAGAUGAAUAGAUUAGAUUUAGAUUAUCAAAAAUUACAUGAUGCUUUUUUCAAAUUUCAAACAAAACCAAGAUUAUUUGGAGUUGGUGAUGUUUAUUUUGAAGGUAGAGAAAAUGAAGAAUUGGAUACAAGUAAAUAUAAACCAGGUAUUGUUUCAGAUGAGUUAAGAGAAGCUUUAGGUGUACCGAAAGGUAUUACAUUACCUUGGGUUCAAAAAAUGCAAAAUUUCGGUCCUCCACCGAGUUAUGCUGAUAUGAGAAUACCAGGUUACAAUGCAGAUUUAUCAGAAGAAGGGAAUGUUUAUGCUGAAGAUGAAACUGUUGAUGUCUUUGAUGAUGUUGUGAAGGAGCCAUUUGGUCAAUUGUUAUCAUACGAAGAAUCUGAAGAGGAAGAAGAAUCUGAAGAAGAGGAAGAUGAAGACGAAGAAGAGGAUGAAGUUGACGAAGAGGAAGCAGGAGCUUAUUUAUCCGAAUCAGAGUUGAAAGAAGCUAACGCAGUUGAAGAAAAUGAUGAGGUUCCUCAAUAUGAAAAUGAUAAUGAUAAUGAUAGUGAUGAAGAAGAUGUUCCUUUAGCAGAGAUACAAACAUCAACAACUACUGAAAAUACAGAAGAAAGUUCAAAACCUAAACAAUUGUAUCGUGUCAUCAAGGAAAAUAAACAAGAGGAAUCAGGAUUCUUAUCAGGGAAAAGAGCUUAUGAUUUAUCUGAGGUUUCAAAUAAUUCAAAUAAUGAUGGCGCUGAUGUACCUGUAAAGAAGCAGAAAAUUGAACAAGCAAAGCCGCAAGAGCCUUCAAAACAAGAUGAUAACGACGACGAGGAUGAUGAAGACGAUGAGGAAGGUGGCAAGUUUAGAUUCUAA